AUGCCCUUCAUCCUUGCAGCCUCCUCUGCAAAAGAAAAGAAAAAUCUCAUCGUGGAAGCUGACUGGAUCCUCCUCUUGGUUACCCCGUCGUUGCUCUAUAUCACGGAUACCCUGCAGUUUUGUAUCUGCAGGACCUGGCCCUUCAUGCACUCCAGCGGUUCAGGGAUGGGGACCACAGACCCUGACAUGGCUCUUGGUGGCAGCACGGACCAGGACCUUACCGUGGCCUUAGGUGGCAUUGCCACCUACUCUCAUCAGGCUGUUCCUCAGUACCCUCGCAUCUCCAAGAAGCCGGGACGAUCCAAAAGAUCACGCCACGACACAGGGACGCACACGACUCUGUCACAGCAACCCUGUAACCUCGCUCAGAGAAACUUGCUCAGACAGGCUCGCUCCCGCCCGGGCUCCGGCCAGACCACGCCCCCGUCAGCACGCCCCCUAGACACGGCCUCUGAUUGGCUAGAAGCGAGGUGGGACGCUCCCGGCCCAUCAGAGACAAGCUCUGCACAGGCUCUCUCCGCAGCCAGUCACAGCCGCCAGCCAGUCUUCGGCGACGUCCUCCUUGCAGCCUCCGACAGCUCUCUCCCGGGCCUCCGCCGUCCGCGGCUCGCGACGUCCUUCCGGGUCGCCUGCGCACCUUCGGCUUCAGGAAGCGCGGCGCAAGCGCAGUGGCCGAGUUUCCCCGAGGAGGUCCCUGAGCACGUGGGUCGUGCAGUCCGGAGCGCGCGCGGAGGGGCAGGAGCCUGGUUCUUGCUGGUGUUGAUCGUGGGCGGCAGACUAGUAAAGGCCAUGGCACCGGCGGGAAUCCUGAACGGGAAGGUGAUCUCCGCGCAAAUAAGGGAGCGGCUGAAGAACCAGGUUACUCAGAUGAAGGAGCAAGUUCCUGGCUUCACCCCUGGCCUGGCAAUCCUGCAGGUUGGCAACAGAGAUGACUCCAAUCUUUAUAUAAAUGUGAAGCUGAAGGCUGCUGAAGAGAUUGGGAUCAAAGCCACUCACAUUAAAUUACUGAGGACGUCCACAGAGUCUGAGGUGUUAAAAUACGUCAUCUCCCUGAAUGAAGACACCACUGUGCAUGGAUUCAUAGUGCAGCUACCUUUGGAUUCAGAGAACCCCAUCAGCACGGAAGCCAUCAUCGAUGCUAUCUCACCCGAGAAGGAUGUGGAUGGGUUGACUAGCAUCAGCGCUGGGAAACUUGCCAGAGGUGAUCUAAAUAACUGCUUCAUUCCGUGCACGCCUAAGGGAUGCUUGGAACUCAUCAAAGAGACAGGGGUGCAGAUUGCUGGAAAGCACGCCGUGGUGGUUGGGCGGAGUAAGAUCGUCGGUGCCCCCAUGCAUGACCUGCUUCUGUGGAAUAAUGCCACGGUGACCAACUGCCACUCCAAGACCGCACAUCUGGACAAAGAGGUAAAUAAAGGAGACAUUCUGGUGGUUGCAGCGGGACAGCCCGAGUUGGUGAAAGGGGACUGGAUCAAGCCCGGGGCUGUGGUCAUAGACUGUGGGAUCAACUAUGUCCCAGGUGAGUGGUGCCGGGAGAGGACCCUCAGCUCAUCUUAUAUCAGGGGCUGGGGCUUGGUGUGGUGUGACAUCUGA